AUGGGAAAGUUGAAAGGGAAAGAGGCGUGGCUAAACCACCCGUGCUUACGUAAUAGCUCUGCGACGCUUCGGUGUGCGUCAGAGAACUGCGAAUACCGGGCGGACCUGAGGGGCCGCUUCUCCGCACCCGCCCUGGAGCCUCCGGCACUGCAGAGCUCCCCGAGUCAGGGGCCCCGGACCCCAGGGCUGAGGAGGACUCAAGCAGGACUUUCCAAAAGUUGCCGCGGGGCUUUCCGAUCCCCUCGACCAUCUCCUAAGUCUGGCCAGGCUGAUGGGGCCAGCGAGGAUUCUCUGCACCUUGACAUUCAGAAGCUGAAGGAGAAGAAGGACAUGCUGGACAAGGAAAUCUCCCAGUUAAUAUCUGAAGGCUACAGUGUUGAUGAACUGGAGGACCACAUCUCCCAGCUCCACGAGUAUAAUGACAUCAAGGAUGUAGGCCAGAUGCUGCUAGGCAAACUAGCCGUGAUCCGAGGUGUCACCACCAAAGAGUUGUAUCCAGAAUUUGACCUGGACAUGAAUGACUGAGCUCACAGCCCCUUGUCCACGGCCCACUGGGACAGGCCGAUGUGGACAUGAGAAGCAGUGAAGGCCCAACCAGAGCACCUACAGGCUUUCCAGUGAGAAAGUGUCAGAAGCCCUUUUCUAGAGAGCCCAAGCCGAGUCAGGAAGGGGUGUUCCCAGCUCUGAGGUUCCUGAAAUGUUCCAGUGAUACCUGUGUAUGUGUAUAUGUAUCCUGUUUGUAAAUAAACAUGUGAGCGAUUUUGGUGCGAA